GUUAGCCCUCGAGUUGAGGAAAACAGUCUUUGAAACAAUCGUCUGCGAUUUAAAAUAACUUAUCUGUUGGACCUUCUCAUAUAAUAUUUUUUUACAUUCCGGACAGUAGUCUCCCAGGACCCCCCUUCAGCAUUCUGAUUCAUUCUUCAGAAACACACCAGCUGAUAGAAUGAAUCAAUUUGAACAUCUAAAGGAGGAGGAAGUGGACGAGCAUGAAGACCAGGUGACAACGCGAGACGACAAGAGUGACACAGAUAAUGGGACCCUAAAUAACAAUAACAACAACCGGCGGAAGGCUAUUUCUCCGGCGGCGGGAGAGCAUCCUCUACAGUACAACUACACCUUCUGGUACUCGCGCCGCACGCCCAGCCGGCCCGCCAACACGCAGAGCUACGAGCAGAACAUACGUCAGAUUGCCACUGUGGCAUCGGUGGAGCAGUUCUGGAAGUUCUACAGCCACCUGGUGCGGCCGGGCGACCUCACGGGGCACAGUGACUUCCACCUCUUCAAGGAGGGCAUCAAACCCAUGUGGGAGGACGAGGCCAAUAAGAACGGUGGGAAGUGGAUCAUCCGUCUGCGUAAGGGCCUGGCCUCCCGCUUCUGGGAGAACAUCAUCCUGGCCAUGCUGGGCGAGCAGUUCAUGGUGGGGGAGGAGAUCUGCGGCGUGGUGGUCUCCAUACGCUUCCAGGAGGAUAUCCUGUCCAUAUGGAACAAGACAGCCAGUGAUCAGGUGACCACCUCGCGAAUCCGUGACACCUUAAGGCGCGUCCUCAACCUACCUCCAAACACAAUCAUGGAAUACAAGACCCACAACGACAGCCUCAAGGACAACUCCAGUUUCCGCAACACCAAGAUUACAUUGUGACGACAACCUUGAAGUGCUCACACAGAGCCGUAUGUGGAGGGGGACUUUGACUGGAUGGAUUGGAUGAAUGAAUGGACGAAUGGAUGAAUGGAUGGAUGGAUGGAUGGAUGGAUGGCAAAAAACGACCUAAUGAAAGGACAUCAUGGGUUCGAUGUGCACAUGAACCUUCUCCUGCUCCUCUUUUCCCCUGUCAAUCACCCAGCCGAGACCUCCUGGACAGCAAGAGUUUGGAGCAUUGUAGUCAACGCUUUGAUCGGAAAACAUACACACACACACACACACACACACACACACACACACACACACACACACACACACACACACACACACACACACACACACAGUCUACUCUAUUAUCCAAACUCACAUUCUCGACUUUGAUAGGAACACACACACACACACACACAGUCUAUUCCAUUAUCCAAACUCACAUUCUCGACUUUGAUUGGAAAACACACACACACACACACACGCAUUCUCGACUUUUGCUUGUGUUUCGCUGACGUGGAGAAAACACAAGUUUCUCUGCUGUCAGCCUACGUACGUGUACAUCAAUCAACUUUUCCCCAUUCAACAUCCCAAUUGUAAAUUAAAAAAUGACCUUUUGAAUUGCG